AUGCGCAUCACAGAAAAGAUUGAAAAAGCAGAAAAGCAGAAUAGAGUCUGGUGGUCCUUUGAGUAUUUCCCGCCACGAACCGCUCAGGGAUUCCAAAACCUCGUAGAUCGUAUAGAACGCAUGAGGCACCUUGGACCAGAGUUUAUCGACAUUACUUGGAAUGCGGGUGGGCGGACGUCAGAGCUCACGUCUGAAAUGGUCAAGACGUGUCAAAGUCUGUUGGGCAUCGAGACAUGCAUGCAUUUGACAUGCACAAACAUGCCCAGCGAAAAAGUUGACAUUGCUCUCCGGGAGGCAAAAUCCCAUGGUUGUCGAAACAUUCUGGCUCUGCGAGGGGAUCCGCCUGCAGGCCAGGACGAGUGGACAGCCGUUGACGGAGGAUUCGUUCAUGGCAUCGAUCUCGUACGCCAUAUCCGCAAGAAUUAUGGAGAUUACUUUGAAAUCGCCGUCGCGGGCUUUCCAGAGCACGCAAUGCUUUCAGAGGAAGAACAGCAAGUCGAACUGCAAUAUCUCAAGGAGAAGAUCGACGCGGGUGCCUCGUUUAUUUUUACGCAAAUGUUUUACGACCUCGAUCUCUUUGUCAGAUGGGUUCAUAGCGUUCGCAAGGCGGGCAUCACCGUCCCCAUCGUCCCAGGAAUCAACCCUAUCCAAACUUGGAAUGGCUUCAUGAAAGCGACGUCGUUGGCCAAGAUUACCAUCCCCCAAUCUUACCUCGACGUCCUUGAGCCGCACAAGAACAAUGACGAAAAGGUUCGCGAGCUGGGAACAAAGCUCGUCGCGGAUCUGUGCCGAGGUAUCCUUAAUGCUGGUCUCGGCAUCCGCGGCCUGCAUUUCUAUACCAUGAACCUGGAAAAGGGUACAAGGAUGCUGCUAGAGGAACUCAGCUUCGUGCCACGAGUAGAGACUGUCAAGCCACUCCCAUGGCGCCAGUGUCUCACACCCAGCCGACGAUCCGAGACCAUUCGUCCCAUUUUCUGGGCCAAUCGAACCAAAUCAUACUUGUCUCGUACGGAAAAUUGGGACCAAUAUCCCAAUGGUCGCUACGGAGAUGCUCGGAGUCCUGCAUACGGUGAACUCGACGGUUACGGCAUCUCGCUCAAGCAUUCGAAGGAAGACGCACAAAAAUUGUGGGGCCAUCCUCAAACCAAAGAGGACAUCGGGAAGCUGUUCGCCACGUUCUGUCGAGGGAAACUUGCAGCCCUGCCUUGGUCGGAUGAAGCCCCAGCAGCAGAAACGACUGUCAUUUCCGAACACCUUGCCAAGCUCAACGAGCUUGGUUUCUUGACCAUCAAUUCCCAACCUGCCGUCAACGGCCUUCCAAGUACAGACAAGAUUCACGGAUGGGGACCCGAAAACGGAUUUGUGUAUCAAAAGGCCUAUCUCGAAUUCUUCGUGUCGCCGGCGCUGCUUGCAGCCCUCAUCCCACAGAUAGAGCGCGACCCCCUUAUCACCUACUACGCCAUCAACAAACGUGGGGACCUCCGUACGAAUACUCAGAGUGAGGGCCCCAACGCUGUCACUUGGGGCGUCUUCCCUGGCAAAGAAGUCAUCCAGCCCACUAUUGUGGAGGCCGUGAGCUUCAUGGCCUGGAAGGAUGAGGCUUUUGAGCUCGGAAUGCAAUGGUCCCAAGUCUACGACUCUGGAUCACCGAGCCAGGCGCUUAUUGCAAACAUAAUGGAGACAUAUACGCUCGUCAAUGUCGUCCACAACGACUUCCGUGAUCCCGAGGCCAUUUUCACGCCCUUUUACCGAGCUGCUCAAUCGCUGAACAGCAGUGGCCUCACGAAUGGACACGUCUAG